CAUUACAGUUCUCACCGCUACAACAGUCGGUAGUUUCACUAUAUUGCGAUGAAAGUUGUAAACGAUUUAUUUUCAAUUAUUUAUUCGAUUGCUUGACUUUCUUUGAAUACCACGACAAUGACCACAUUUAGUAAAUUCUUUUCUGAUAGAACAAAGAAUUUAACAUGCAAAGAUCUUCUUCAUCCGGAUUACGAGUCCUGUUCAUCGUUCCUUUGGUACUUUAUACGCGAAUCAAGCUUUCGAUGUUUGAAAUAUCUCGGACCUCUAAUUUUGAUUCCACUGGUGGCAAACCUUCAAAACACAACGUUGAACGAAUGGAAAGAAAAGGCCGAGAUCUAUUUCAAAAUGUCGAUCGGUAGCGCAGCAACGGUAGCAUUUUCAUUCGGUGUUCAUUGCUUUUUGUGCAAAAUGUGUGACGGAAUUCGAUACUUUAACAUGAGUUGUAUUCCUAUGCUUGUUUCCUUGUUAAUAUGUGUGAACCACCUUCCUCCGAAGUUUGCAAAGAUUCAAUAUCUCUUUGUGAAUAAUUUAUUGGUACAGACGUUACUGCGAACUUCUGACAAUCAGACGGUUAAAUUGAUAAGAGAAUCGAGAAUGGUUUCGACGGUGCUCUUUAUGGCGCUCAGUUCGUGUAUUAUGGGACUGAUGGGGUUGAUGACUGAGGAAAGCCAUCGAUAUUGGUACGCACAAAAUUUCGAGCAUAAAAAAUCCGAAAAGGAGUCUGAAAGUGAGUUAAUAGAGAAAAUGGAUCUGUUGAAAGAUUUAAUUUACAAGCAAGUGAUGAGUACAGUGAAAGUGGGCGUGCUCAUGUCGAGUAUCAAAAUACUGACAAAAAGCGUCCAGUUGUUGCGGAAAAGUAUAUUCCAAUUUAUCGUGUUCUUUGUGCAGAAUUUCGACUAUAAGUUGCUGGGAUUUUUUGCCAUGUACGGGACAUCGUUUCAAGUAUUUAACUUUUUACUGAACGAACUGAAUACGAAAUGGGAACAACAUAAAAAAUCAUUUCUGGCCGGCCUUUUAGCUGGAACAGCUUUUUAUUUAUCGCCACGAUAUUUUUUAUUUACGUACGCUCUUACCGCUCUCGUGGAGUUGGUGAUGAAGCUUUUUCUCAGUAAAUUGGACAAAAAUGCGAAGACGACUAAGUUUCUGAAAAACAUAUCCUGGCUGAAAGUUUUUAUUUGUAUUUCCCUACCCACCUUCAGUCAUUGGAGAAUCGUUAAUCCAUGGUUGAUUCCUCAGGUCAUGGAUAAAAUGAUGCAUAUUAUUGGGCUGGACAGGCUCGCGCUUGGAUCUCAAAACUAUGCCAAAUAUAUUCUAGGAAUUUGAAAGGUGAUCUCUGUAGAAUUUAAUGUAGACUUAGCUGUGGUACAUUUUGUUGACAUUCGUUGUAAAUAAUAAAUUUUUCGAAAAU